UUAACAAAUCAUCUACUGCACACACUAAUGUACACCUCCCAAAGGACAUUGCUGCAGGACUCCUUAACCAUAACUGUGACAUUUCUGAUUCUACAUCUCCAUUUUAUCCAGUUAUCUUCCUUCUCUCCUGCUUCAAUUGUGUUUUAUAACUGUGUAUUUAAGUAAUGAGUAAAUACACCUAUAAAUUUUAUGUUGCAAACUGAGUUUAUUGAGGCAGGAUUUUCUCAUGUUUCUCACAAUACUCUACAAGCAGGGCAAUUUAAAUUUACAUGACCCACACAACCCCAUCUCUCCUCCACCUUGUUGCCCUGCUGUUGCUGCUAUCUGACUCUGAAUAUCUGAAUAUUUUCUAGUUUUAGUCAGAACACGUGCAGCUGCAUUCUGGACCAGCUGGAGAGUCUUUAGAGACUUGUUACAGCCUGAUUUGUUUGUGAAUGUCAUGAUGUUAUCCUUCUGCUGCACUUUGUCCUGUAUGUUUGAGCAGCACAUGUUCAUGUGCAGACAGAAACAGGUGAGGGAGAGUGAAAGUGAAAGUAACAGUUGGGCGGGAAAGCUUGUGGGUUUCAUGAAAAAAACAUCUGAUAAAAGAGGAAGCUAAAGGUAAAGAGUCAGUAACCUUUUGACUCCACUGUGCUGCAGAACUACGACAGGAGAAGAAGAAUGAUCGAUCAAUGCAUAUUCUGGGGUAUCGAUCAUGACGUCCUUCAUAUCUUCCUCUCUACAGCACUUCUUCUGUUUCCUCAUGUUCAUGGAUCUGAGCAGCCGCCUUCUCCCACUCUCAGUGAACCAUGGAGACAAAUAUCUUGGGGAGACAACGAGACAGAUCUGCAGUAUGUGGAGAAUUACUCGCCUGCAAAGGGGAAAGUCAAACAUCUCCGAGUUCUGCUGUACGGGCCGGUUGGAGCCGGAAAGUCCAGCUUCAUUAACUCUGUCAGCAAUGUCCUGCGACGCAGAAUGAGCAUUCCUGCUGCAGCCAGUUCUACCACCUCUGACAAGAGUUUCACUAAAAAAUAUGAAACUCAUGAAAUCAGAAGAGGAACCUCAAACAGCUUCUACCCGAUCAUCUUCAAUGACAUCAUGGGUCUGGAGGAGGGGACGGGACAAGGCGUCCAUCCUGAAGACAUCAAACUGGCCAUGAUGGGACGUGUGAAGGAGGGUUACAAGUUCAACUCAGCAUCUGCACUGUCAGAGCAUGAUGAAGGAUACAACCGAUCCCCCUCUCUAGACGAUCGAGUCCACGUUCUGGUUUGCGUCCUCUCUGCUAACACAGCAGAGAUUAAAGAGUCGAUUUUAGAGAAGAUGAAGGUCGUCAGAGAGGCAGCCAGAGACCUGGGGAUUCCUCAGAUGGCGAUAAUCACAAAGAUCGAUGAGGCCUGUGCUGAAACUGAAAAGGAUGUGAGGAACGUUUAUAAAAGCAUGCACCUGAAGAAAAAGAUGAAAGAUUUCAAGUCAGCAGUUGGUAUCCCUUUGAACUGCAUCUUUCCUGUGAAGAACUACAAUAAAGAAAUCGACCUCAACGAUGAUGUUGACACUCUAAUCCUCAGCGCUCUGAGACGCAUGAUCGACUUUGGAGAUGACUUCAUCAAGAAAAUGGAUCACCAGUACCACGAGGAGCAGUGGCGGAAUUUGAUACACAGUUGUAUACAGUGGUUUGACAUCUUGAUAACUGGACUACAGCAGUUUGGUACCUUGAUAACUAAACUACAGCAGUUUGGUACCUUGAUAACUGGACUACUGCAGUUUGGUAUGUUGAUAACUGGACUACAGCAGUUUGGUAUCUUGAUGACUCUGCUUUUGGGGUUUGGCAUCUUGAUCAUGAUGAGAUCUCAUUGAUGACAUUUCAGGUGUGUCCCUCUCUCUUAACUAAAGACGUUUAGUUCAUCUGGGUAAAUGCUGGUUUGUUUACAACCUGUGAUCUUUUUUCUCUGUUCGACCUUUUUUAACAAUGUUUGCUGCAUCCUCAGAACUCAGAAAUGAACUUGGUGAGUGCACCAUUAUUAUCACCUCUGGACUGAGAUAAGGAAGUUCAAUCCAAACUGUAGUUUUCCUUUAAGCCAUGGUUAGCAGUUAGCUUGUUGCUAUGGUAACCUGUACUUCAACAAAGCAGUGCUUAAACUAUUGAUCAGAGCUACGUUUGAGGUGUCCACAUAUGAUUUUAACAGACACCUGCCAGCCAGUCAGAGAGCAAGAAUUCCUGUGGCCACGGUAUAAAUAUUCAAUUCAGUUCAAUUCAAUUCAAUUCAAUUCAAUUUUAUUUAUAUAGCACC